AUGAUUAAAAGAGGUGAAGGUGAAGGUGGAGCUAGUGGUUGUGGUAGUGGUGGUGGUAGAGAUUACGGUUGUGGAGGUGGAGGUGGAGGUGGUGGUAGCAAGGGCAGCGUGGUGGAGGUGGUGGAGGAGGCAGUGGUUGUAUUUGAUGGCAGCAGAGGAUGA